AUGGAAAAAGCCACUGUAUUAGGUAAACUCAUUAUUACCUUUGGAGUAAAACUGGACCCUCACUUACACUCUGCCAUGUACUUCUUACUGGUCAACCUCUCCUUUAUUGAUAUGACCCUGGCCUCCUUUGCUACUCCUAAAAUGAUCUGUGACCUAAUUAGUGAAUAUAAGGCUAUCUCCUAUGAAAGCUGCAUGGUCCAGAUGUUCUUUCUUCACCUUUUAGGUGGAAGUGAGAUGACGUUGCUUGUAGCCAUGGCAAGUGAUAGAUUCAGUGCCUCAUGGCUGUUGAUCUGGUACAUUGCAAUAUGCAAACCUCUUCAUUACACAUCCAUCAUGAAUCGCCAGGUCCUCAUGGGCUCUGUGCUGCUAUCAUGGGCUGUUGGUUUUGUGCAUACCAUGAGCCAGAUGGUUUUUACUAUCACCUUGCCCUUUUGUGGUCCCAACAUAGUGGAUGAUAUUUUUUGUGACCUUCCCCACGUUCUAAAACUUGCCUGCACUGAGACCUAUGUUCUGGAGUUGCUGGUAACCAUUUACAGUGGUCUGCUGUCUUUCAUCUGUUUCAUACUCCUGCUUAUUUCCUACACUGUCAUUCUCGUAAGUGUCAGACGUCGAUCCUCUGGUGGACUUUCCAAGGCUCUGUCCACACUGUCUGCUCACAUUACAGUGAUCACUCUGUUCUUUGGGCCGAUUAUCUUCAUUUACGCUUGGCCAUUCAGUGGCUUUUCAGUGGAGAAGUUUCUUUCUAUGUUUUAUUCAAUUAUUACACCUUUACCGAACCCCAUCAAUUAUACUCUAAGAAAUCAGGAGAUGAAAGCAGCCAUUAGUAAACUGAGGACCAAACACAUUCUCAGAAUAAAUUGGUAUUAA